AUGAUACGAGAGGACUUCAGAAUCCCGAGGUCGUCGCACUCUGCGCUGCACCAGGUGACGCGGAUGAUGGACGCGAUGACGCUGCUGGAGCCGUUCGCCUUCACCAAGAUGACGACGACGCGCUGGCAGUCGCACGCGCCGCCCCCGCAGCCACAGCGCCGGACAGCCGCCACGCAGCACCCGCAGCCCGCUCACCGCCCACGCGCCCGCCUGCACAGGAACAAGUCACCCGCCACAGGUCAUACUUCAAACACCUCUACACAGAAAAGUGAAGCGCCAUCUGGGUUCAAUAGAAUGCCAGCCGACCAGUGGGUAGCCUCACUUCGUAGACGGGAUCCAGAUUUGCAGCACCUCAAACACGAUUUGGUCCGCGGCGGGUUCCAGCCGCGCCUUCCGACUUCGCUGCCGCCCCCAGGGCAGCAGCAGCUGCCGUCGCCGCUACCACGCCGACGGCCCGUCCCGUUGAUGCCUCCCGCGCAGCUUCAUCCGGGAGCGCCCCAGGUGGUCGCUCCGGCGCCUGCGGUCCCUCUUCAGUCGCCACCGCCUUCGGAGCUGAUGGACGUCGACCCCUCAGCCGGGCCGCCUUCCCAAGCGGUGGCUGUGCAGCCUGUCCUGCAGCCGCUUUCCUUGGGCACCCCCACAGAGUCUGACACCGCAGCGCCUUGUCCGGCGCCCACUCAGCAGCCGUCGACGCAGCGUCAGGAGACGCUGCCUCUCUUCGUGGGUCCCAACGCCCCGUCGCGUCCAGUACCAGAAGCUGCAAAUGAUUUUACAGAUGAAUUAAAUGUUGGCUUCUUAGUAGUUAUAUAUACUGUCUGA